UGACCUGUGUCAAAUUAUGCUAGGUUAUGUUUUUCUUUCCUGUGUUUUAAGUAAUUUUAAAUUGAAUAGAUAGACUACGCACCAAAAGACAUUACUCAAAAUGAACUCUAUAAGGAGGCUCUGCUUGGUUCCUCCUUUUGCAAGGAAUGCUUCAUCUGCCUCAGCGGAAUUUGUAAACAGAAACCCUAGAAACCUAGAGAGAAUUCGAGUAGCUCGCAAACCUGAUGGAUAUCACUUAGAUAACCCUGGGAGAAAAUUUUGGCACAAACUCAUUCUAACAUCGAGCAACCGCUCAGUAACAGCACAGCUGGUGCAUUAUCUCAACGGUCCUGUCAUUGAAGUAAAAUCCUCAGACUGGGCCCUCCAAAAGCAACUUUAUAGCACAAAAGACAUGUGUGCUUACAUUGGUGUUGGCCAAGUUUUCGCUCAGAGGUGCUUAGAAGCUGGUAUCUCUGAAAUGUACUGUGACAUCCAACCUACAAAAGGAGGGAAGAUAGAGAGACUUAUUAAAGAGGUUCGGAAUGGAGGUAUCAAGUUGAAGGAGCCUGAAGUGUAUAAGAAGCCUCAUCCUUGGGACAAACACAGGCCAGAAAAACCAUGGGAAGUUACUGAAGAGUAGUUUUAAAGUGUAAUUAUUAGUGUAGAAAUAUAUUUGUUAGAUUUAUUAUA